AUGAGUAAAUUAGAACGAGUGUAUAUGAUGAACGUAUCUUUAAACAUUAACACAAUGGAUUCUCUCAAAACUUUUGAACAAGUUAACAAGAAAAGUUUUGAGUGUAUGCAAAGUCUAUACAUCAACCCUUUUAUCAAUUUAGAAAUUAAAACUUUUGCUCUAUUUAAAGAGCCAUGUGAGGUUUUAUAUUCUUCGAUUUUCGAAUUCAUCAUAAAAGCGUUUUCAAAGAUUGAAACCCUUCAAUGUUAUGACUACAUGUUGGAUAACGACAACAAACUGAUCAGAAAAGUCAAGAAAAUACGUCUUGUGAAAACAACACACAACAAAAGGAAUGAUUAUAAUCACAUUCAUUUGCCACAUUUCCACCCACAAAAAGUCACAAGUGCUCUUUCAAAAAUAGAAAAUUGCUAUGUUGGCACCAAAAACAACAAUUUGUUGCCUACUGACAAUUACACCAACCUCAAAAGUAUUCACAUGAAUGGGUGGAUUCGCAAGCCAAACAUUUUGGAAAGGAUUUUGAACUGA